GAGUGAAGUGUGUGAGGGAAGUGUAUGAGUGAAGUGUCACUACACACCAGAGGCAGCAGUCAGUCACCACGGAGUCUAUGCCGUCAGCUCACCAUCGUUUGGACACUGUGCUCUGAUUUAAUAUGUUAGGAAGCCUUAAUGAUAUGUCUUUGAAAGGCUCCUUAAGCAAUAAAGGAUGAUAUGAUGCUGCCAUGUGAUGUCUUGGUGAAAUAGCACUCCUUGUAGGCAUAAAGAAAGCGGUUAAUGAUGGCGACACUGUCCCACACAUGGACCAUCCUCACUGCUGUCACUGUGUUGUCUGUGCAGCUAUGCAAAGGUCAGAAAUGCUGUGAAAUCAAGUCCAGUGCUGGAUAUGUGGUGCUGCUAGGCUCCAGUUUUAGGGUUUACUGCACCUUUACCUCGGAUUCCAAAAGAUACAUUUAUAGCGGUGAUCCGCGCACACCACAACGCCACAAAGAAUUCAAUUCUACAACUAUAUAUUACGAAGUGGUUAACAUAACGGAGAAGAAAACCUUCAGCUGUGAGUGUGAUCGUUACGCGGAACCCUGUGGAUUGGACAUCUCACCUGGAUAUCCACCCGAGCGCCCAAAAAACAUUUCGUGCACCUACGAAGUUAAAAAUAAUGAAAGUGGAGUUGUGUUCUGCAGUUGGGACAGAGGACGGGAUACUUUACUGAAGAAUGAUUUAAAGCUGUGGAGGAGAAUUGUAUAUAAAAACCAAACAGAUACACCAGUAGAAUACAGUGUCUCCAGUGAUUUACGGUCAGCUGAUUUCCCUGUGACCAGCUCGGUCCAGAUGAUCUCUGUGUGGGUCCACGCCAAAAAUACACUGGGCUCCGCAGAUUCCAUCACCAAGAACUACACACUGAGAGACAUUAAGAUGCCAUCGACUCCUGUUCUGCACCAACCGGAUUGCUCUUCCCGAGAAUGCAUCAUCAAAGUGGAGCAGCCCGUGAUGACUCAACACCUGGAGAUCCAAUACAAAGCAGACACACAGACAUGGACGUCUUCUCCAGACUCAGUUGUGCAGAUGGGUUCAGUGCAGGUUCCUUCUCUGGAACCCUACACGUUGUACCAGUUCAGAGUCAGAACCAAAUUCAGCACCGGCCUGUGGAGUCAGUGGAAUGAUAAGAUUUCCAGCUGGACUGAAGAGGAAGCUCCUACCCAAGAGUUAGAUGUGUGGUACGCUGAACUGGCCGCUGACUUUGGAUCCCUGAAAGUUUUUUGGAAGGAGCUGAGCAUUUCUGCUGCCAAAGGGAAAAUCCUUUCAUACAGAGUCCGAGUUUACAGCCCAAACUCUGGGCAGACCAUCACUAACGUUAGUGCCGAAGCCAGGAGUUAUUUGGUUCCUUUCUGUGGUGACUGUGAAGUGUCCGUGUGGGCUUGCAACUCCAAAGGGUCGUCUCCUCCAGCCAAUAUUAUGUCCGGAUACACAAAGGUGAAGCUCAGGCAUUUAAAGUCCUUUCAAGAUGUGCACGUAGCUGCAGAGAACCUGAGUGUCACCCUCUCCUGGAGGAAGCCCGACAGUGCAGCGAGGCAGUCUUUGGUGGAGUGGUUCCCUGAGGGCCUGAAGCUGGAGGAGCUCAGAUGGGUCAGACUGGGCAGCAAUGAAAACCAUGUUGUUAUAACAGAUGUUAAUCCAUUUGAGUGCUACGAGGGAGCAGUGUAUGUUUUCUAUAAUGACAGCUCAGUGAGAAAGACCAGAUUUACAGGGGUCACUACUAUGGAAUCAGCCCCAACAAUGUCUCCAUCAUUCCAGCAGACGGUUGAGGGUAAGCAGGUGAGCGUGACCUGGGGAGAGAUUCCCAGGGGUCAGCGCGGAGGUUGUCUCACAAACUACACCAUCUAUUUAGAGAACAGCGAAAGACACAUCGAACGUUACUCCGUACCAGCAUCGCAGAGGUUUUACACCAUCAUGGGCCUGUCCUCAGCCAACUACAAAAUGUGUAUGACGGCUUUCACCGCUAAAGGAGAAGGACCUAGAGGGGAAUCGAUAAAGUUCUUCAUGCAGCAGGAGAGCCAGCUAUCCUUCCUACUAGUGUGUGCAGUGGCCACCCCGUUUGCAAUAGUCCUGGUGUGCCUGUACCAUAGCUCAGCAGUAAAGCAGAGGUUUUGGGUGUAUUUCCAGUGCCUCAUGCUCGACGUUGUGCCAGAUCCUGCAAACAGCAAGUGGGCAAAAGAGUGUACCCAGGAGAAGGGCAAGAUUAACCUCCAGCUGCAGCUGAGUAACUCCAGUGUGGCAGAGGAGGAAGAGGAGCCCAUCCUGGUGGACGUGGAGGAGCUGCCUCGUCAAACCAGCCUGAGUCCUGAGUCUGAGCCGGCCACAAUCCUCUACCCUCCGACCACCUACAUCAAGAGCUUCUCCCACGACUCAGACAGCUACGACCUGCGGCAGACGUCUCUGGACACCAACAGCACCAUCGACUACAUCUCAUCACAUGGGCCGGGAAUAAUGAGUGAGGAGGAUCAGGAGGACGAAGAUGAGGAGGAAGAGGAAAUGCUGGGUUUCUUCCCCAGUCACAACAUCUUCCUUGAGCCGCUGGAGUUGGGAGGGAAGUUGACUCUGAAUGCGGUCAAAAUCGACUGCGGUGACUUCUUUCAGAACAGUGUGUGUUGACCUGAAACCAAAACUCUUUGGUGAGAUGAGUUAAAGCCAUCUUUAGAGGAAGAGGACGGCUAAAACAAAAGACUAUGGUCAAAAUGACCGAAGCUAGGUUCCUCUCUAUUUCUGCUCCUGUGUCUAUUUUGUCACAUAUCUUGUUAAGAUGUGCAUGAACUACCUCCUUGCUUGUUGAAAUCAAAGCUUUAACAAGAAGCUCUCUCAAUACUCUUCCAGCGUUGUUGAGCAGUAAUACUUGUGGAAAGAAGAAGUCCACUCGUUCUCAUUUUGUGCAUUACCAUGGAUUUCUGUUAAAAGCUUUGGACACACUAACACUUGAGAGUGUAACAAUCCAUUGAUCUGGAUCCAUAUACUGUAUGACAAUAUAAGGAUUUACAAUCCAAAGAAAUCUGUAUAAAUGAAGGUGAUGCUAACGGCAUAACUCUGAGUUUACACCCAUUGAGGAAAUUCCUUUUUUUCAGAGCAAUGACUGUUCUCUCUCCGCUUGAUGUAUUUUUUCCUUGUGGUGUUAAUGAAUAUGGUAAGAUGGCACACUGAUAAUCUACAUAAAUUAUAUAUAUUUUUAUAUUUUAUAUAAAUAAUCUGAUAUAAAAUAAUGCAUCUCAUGCUUUUGUAUUUACUCCCCUUCUUGAUGUUUUCCUGAAAUUUCAACUCCCCCAAAUCCUCUGCCACAAACCACCAACACACCCACAUUUGGAGGGAAUGUGUGUGUACUUGUACAGUCUAACACCAGCUUUUAUCAUCUGUAUUGCUAUGUGUAUUUAAAAUUACUAGUGGCCAUGUUAGGCUUUGGAGAGCACUGCUCCUGUUGUGACGAGUACUGAACAGUCAUUUAAUCACCAUCAAACACUUGAGGAAGAGAUACAAUAAAGCCCUGGAUCACACGACUUGCACUGA